GAGGGAGGUGUUGCUACGAGCCGCGCUGUCUUCUUCACUGGCUCUCACAUGAUUACGCAAUCACAACAAACGACGACAAGCUGUACAGACAAAUGUUGACAGUCACGGACACACUCUGUUCCCUCCAUUCCCUGAUGCUUUGGGCCAUGGCUUAUGAGUUCUACCUAUGUAGAAGCGAACUUUAACGUUAGUUUGUGUAUUUAUUUGUAUGAAGCGUGGCUAGUGUUCGUAUCUUUGAAUUGGUCUUGUCCUGUCUUUGACGAUGCCUCAGGAAUCUCCGGAGGAGCAGCAACCGCUGCCGCUGGUCCGAUCUCUGGUUAGCCGGAUACCGGCGCACGUGGUGUUCUGUAACCGCAGUCCGCGAGUUGUAAAGCCCGUCUGGAUCAACUUCCGUGGGGAGCCGCAGCCAUACGUAGAUAUUCAGCCGUACACCGGAAAAAGAAUGGAAACUUAUGUGGGACAUCCAUGGAUGUUUCGGGAUGCAGAAACUGAUGAUCCAAUGGUAGUCAAUAAUAAAGAGAUGUAUUUGCCACCUCACCUUGAAAAUGGACAAGUCUCAAUCGCCAACAUCACAUUGCCUGUGUUGACCUUGCGAGAUCGCUGUCUGCAAGUUGUGAGGAGGUUGGUUCGCAGAGAACAUAUCUGUCGGCUGGAGAUCGCCCGCUGCCUACAAGAUGACCUUGCUCAGAGACCCAGCAUUCACGCCGAUCUACGACGCAUUAGCCAGCGAGUGGAACAGAAGUUACUGGAGAACAGAGAACAGCAAAACAGAUGAAAAUAUGAACAUUAAUAUGAGUGUGAAUGAGGGCAUAUUUACUGAGCAGACCUGUGCACCAGCACCAUAAAUGGACAAUAUAGUCUGGCACUGUAAAAUACAGUGUUGAUAAACCUCAGAUCAGGAGGAAUAUUUCUUAAGCAAAUGGACGCUUUAAACAUAGGUAUUUUUAGGUUUCCGUGACAGGCACUGAAUCCACAGAAAGAACUUUAGAAAAUGCAGAUUUUGUGUGAUUGUCUGUGUGGUAGGCCUUGCAAUAUUUUUGGUUACAGUUCUCUGUAUACUUUUACUCUUUUAUCAGCUUCAUAUUUGGAAAGUUAAUUUGAACGUAGUUCAAAUGUGUGUAUUUAUGUAAUUAUAUAUGUAUGUGUAUAUAUAAGUAGUUUUCUCUAACAAUGGUUUUUGCUUGGUUUCUACUUCAAGACCAUAAUUAGAAUAACUAAAAACUAAACCCCUAUUUUUUGUAAUAGUUGUGGGGUAAACAAGUUAACACAAUAGAAGCUCCUACAUUCAGGUAAGGGUGAAUUAUUUAACACUAUUCGAUUUUAACCAAAAUGGUAAACUGUGUACUUGGGACAAGGCUUUUUAAAAAUAACUUUAAGCCUGGGGCGAGUUUUAAAUGUUAUAAAUUUAAACAAAUUAUUCAUUACAAUAUUGUUGGCCAAAAAAAUGGUUUGCUGUUUUUGUAUUUUUAUAUGACUUGUUUUGUGGUUUACAAUUUUUGAACUCUACAUUUUGCUGAAAAGCCUAUAAUAGCCUGAAUGGGGCAUGUUGUCACAAAAGGUCAACUUGUUUUCCUGGGGAGCUUUUUGUAAGUCUUCUAUGCACGAAUUGACUUUAAGUGGGGGGAAAAACAUAAUGAGAUAUAUACAACCGCUAAAAAAAAUUAUAAACGAUAAUGCAAUUGUAAGUCAAAUGAAAUGUUUAUUUUCUUAUCCCCUUAAAUAUGUGCUAGAUAUGUGCACACC